AACACAUUUGUAUUAGUAUGGUAUUAUGCAUCAUAUAAUGCUUAAUAAGAACACUUUUUCCCAAAAACUUUACAAAAUUACCAGUAUAUAAAUCAUUUGGGCCUGGGUUUGGGCCUAGACUCAGGCCUAGCCUAAUUCUCAGUAUGUCCUUAUUCUAACUUCUUACCAAACACGCCCUUAGUUUGAAGUUUUAAAUCUCAUGACCGUUAACUCAUUUGAGCGGAAACUAUGCACUCAACUCACUCACUUUCUCUCUCUUCACUCUCUCUCUAGAUUUCUCGAGCUGCAAUGGGAAGAUUCAGUGCCAAAACUGACUACGAAGAUCUCAGAAACGCUCGAAUCUUGGAAAAUCAGGCUCGUUUGAAAACGAUCGGAUUGCAAAAAACUAUAUCGGAACUUCGAUCUAUAGUUUCAUCUUCAAAACCAGCCAAGAGACCAUGGACGAAGAAGGUUUACGACUUGUCGUCUUUGAGGCGUUCUCGUCGUUUAAAGCGGUCGUCUUCUUCUGAUCUAACUCCGAUUCAGAUUCAGUCCUCUUUACGAAGACGAUCUUCUCGGUUGAGUAGCGAUAUUAUACAACUCGAUUCAGCAGGAGAGCUUUUUGAUGAUGAAAGCGAGGAUGAAAGAACUGUGGGAGGAAAGAUUAGGCCUGCAAAUAUGCCUUGGGUGAAAAUUAAAGGCUCAGGGGCAGCGCUUCAACUUUCACCUGAAGCUUCAGCUUUGAGAUGCAGUAGCAGGGGAAGGGGUGGUGUCUAUAACUCUGUCGUCGGAAUUUGCUGCCAUUUUUGCAGGCAGAAAAAAUUGUGUGGCGAGGAAGAUUGUAAGCGGUGUGGCAAUCUUGAUGUCGAUGAACCAUGCAUUGGAAAAACUGAUUGUUCGGUUUGUCAUUCGAGCAAUGGUGUUCUUUGUCGAGCUUGUCUGAAGGUUCGAUAUGGUGAAGAAAUGGAAGAAGUUAGAGAGAACAAAGAAUGGAUGUGUCCUCAUUGCAUAGAAGAAAAAGGAAUAAACCAAUAUUGGAUAUGCAACAGUUCCAUAUGCCUGAAAAGACGAAAGAUGGCUCCAACUGGGAUAGCAAUAUAUACAGCUAAGGAGUUGGGAUACAAAUCAGUGGCACAUCUUGUAAUGGAUAAGCUUAAAGGAACAAUCAAGGGCUAAGGAGGAGAAGGAGUUAGUACUCUAGUUGAUAUAGGCAUAGAAAGUAGACAAAGUAAGUGUUUUUUUUGUAUGUUGGGUUAAUGUGAAUGUGAAGGAAAAGAUUUGAACACAAAAUGUUUAGGAAAGAUUACUAUCUAAUCUACUUGAUGGGAAAGUGUACUUUUCUUUGAUUAUUAAUUUAGAGCAUAUAUCUAUUUAAUCUCUACUUUUGUUGUGAUGAUUAUAAGAAUUCAAGAUGAAGAAAGUGAUUUUUCAAUUGUUAUCAACAAUAUUAUUAGACUA